CGCGCAUGCAAGAAAAUACCUCAAAUUAGAGGACAAUUACAAGACACCAUGAAUCAAGAUCAACCACCCAAUCCAAAGAGUCUAAAGUCGUUUGAGAUACAACCACUUCCUGAAUCUAUAGACUUCACUAACGGCAAAAAAGCUCUAACUUAUGUGGAAGGAAAAGGUCAGAAAGUGUAUUGGCGGAAUUCCUGGGUCAACGUGUAUGACAAGGGUGAAUGUACACCGAGGGAUUGGUAUGGAAAGUGUGAUGGAUUUGUAAUACUACCCGCGGAUACAGUUAUAUGGAUCGGUGCAGAGGGUGGAAUUAUUCUAGAGAAGUGGGUAAGAGCAAGAGACACCGUUUGUACAGUAUCAGCUACUUCACAUCUAGCUUUCUCAACACUUGAGCACAACCUUUCUUACUUAUAUGUGCCUGCGAACUUUGAUCGAUUUACCUCCCAGAACUCCAUGCGACAAAGCGAUCUAUUAUAG